AUGGAUGCUUGCUCAGAUGAUGUCUGUCAUAGUACAGACGAAAGCUUAGCACAGUUUCAUUGGGGUCGCAGGACGGUGAGCCAAGGACUUUUUUGCACAAUUCAACAGUCUUCCUUACGCGGAAAACCUUCUUCGGUUUCCGGCUAUGGUCUCGAGGUGGAUAUGUGGGCUCUUGGCGUGAUCACUUACAUACUGCUCUGUGGAUUUCCACCCUUCCGCAGCCACGAGCGUCGCCAAUCUGAAUUAUUCGAGCUGAUCAAGCGAGGCACCUUCGAGUUUCUUCCACCAUACUGGGACGCGGUCUCUUUAGGUAAAUCAUUCAUGCAAUUUAAUUGGGCGUCCUGA